CUGGAUUUGGACCAAUCUGAGUCCUACCCCUCAGGGUCCCAGCCGCACUGGUUCCACACCCUGCAGGUCCGACGGUACCGAGUUCAGCGAGGGCGCAGCAACAGCGACCCCCUGGGAGGGAAUGGCUGCCAGGACCACAUUGCCUGGAAACCCGGUCUUCAGUUUGGAGCGGCUCAUUCCUACGUCAGUCUGGAGAAACUGGGUGAAGGAGCAUAUGCCUCCGUCUACAAAGGAAUCAGCAGGUCAGUUCGCCCCAUGCACCUGACUACACCUGACUACACCUGUUCUGCAUACACCUGACUACACCUGACUACACCUGACUUCACCUGACUUCACCUGACUACACCUGUUCUGCAUACACCUGACUACACCUGACUACACCUGUUCUGCAUACACCUGACUACACCUGACUUCACCUGACUACACCUGUUUUGCAUACACCUGACUACACCUGGCUACA